AUGACUUCAAGUCGGCCUCGGGAAAUCUAUUUGGUUGACGUGGCACGAAUCUUGCUUAGGGGAAUCAAGCGUGAGGAGAUCCAGCGAGGUCCAGUUUUUGCCCUCCCCGGCUCGGUCAACGCCUACAAGGAGUUCGAAGGAACUAUCACCGUGAAUAGCGAAGAGGAAGGUGGUGUGGCUAUUGACACUGCCCUUGGAAUUACAUUGUUCAUCAACGUGAUUGAUGUAUCAGCUACCAUGGCACUGGUUGAAGGCUCUGGAUCUGGAAAGAUCCAACCCGGUGAAUCUGUCAAGGCAAUAAUCUUUCUCAAAGACUCAGUAGCUAUUGAGGAAGGCCAAGGGUUACGUAUACGUGGUACGGGCAAGCCAAUUAGAAACCGUGACUGA